UUGCAUUGUAAACAAAAAUUUCUCCAUGAAAUAAACUUUGUUGUUUAUAUAAGAAAUAAAUUUCGCGAUUUAUAAUUAUUAUUAUUAUGGCCUCGGAAUUGCAAUUUUUUAAUUGUGUGACAAGAAAAUUUCGUCAUUAUACAGCUUUAUUUGUGCAAAUAUAUAAUAUUUUUAUUUAAAGAAAUUAGCCAGAGAUUGUAGUGUAUAUUUUUAUAGGUUAGAAACCUUUCUAAUAAAUGGCGCGAUGUCUUCGGAAAUUCAAAAUUUUGAAAUUGUAAAAUUAAAUAAAUUCGAAAGUGCAUCUUAUUUUAUUAUUUGGACAUGUGCAAUUUUUUAUUCUAUUUAUCAAGUACAUCUCACUGAAUUUUAUUUUACUAAUUAUCAUGAUACUUAUGAGGAUUUUCAACCAGGUUGGUCGUGGAUUGGUCGAAAAAUGGACAUUUCAGAUAGAGAAUGGAGAUCGUGGAUUCCAUUUAUGUAUCAAUUGAUUCCAUGGAUUAUUCUCCAUCUUUUUAUUGCUCAAUUAAUUAAACGAAUUUAUGUGAAAUGUUCAUUGAUUCUUGCCACAUGGUACAUAUUCUCGUCAAUUUUAUUUUUAUGGUAUUACGUGGGUUUUAUGGGUGUUUUACUCGCCCUGAUACAACCAUGCGUCGAUCGUCUUUUAAUUGCAUUUCGUAGUAAAAUUUUCGCUUGGCUUAUUCAUUUGGUAAUAUUGACAUUAAUUUAUUAUGAAAAAACAUAUGGUUUUAUUUUUGAAAAUUUACUUGGCAUUGAAGAGGAAAAAUAUUAUAUGCUAACAAUUGCACUUUGUUGGAUACAAUUGAGAAGUAUUAGUUGUUGUCUCGAUUGUAUCAAUGUCGAUGAAAAAGAGGGAGAGGAAGAUGGAGUGGUGGUGGCAAAAAAUUUGUCUGGAUUCACAAAAUGUUUUCUAAAAACUACAGCUUAUUGCUUAUAUUUACCAACAUUGUUCCUCGGUCCUGUUAUACUCUACAAAGAUUUUUUGGAAGGUAUUCAAAAGCCGCCGGAACUUUGGACGGCAAAGAGACUUUUGAUUUUUUUUCUAAAUUUAUCAAGAUUUAUUUUUUGGCUCUAUUUUACUGAAUUUUCAAUGCAUUUUCUCUAUUUUAAUGCGUUGCAAUUUUUCCCAGAAGUGGUAGAAGGAUUGGAGCCAUGGGCAUUUUUUGGAAUGGGCUAUUGUAUGGGACAAUAUUUUCUAAAUAAAUACGUAGUGAUUUAUGGAAUUUGGAGUUUAGUGACAAAAUUGGAUGAUAUUGAUGCGCCACCAAAUCCAAAGUGCAUUGGAAGAAUACAUCUUUAUUCCGAUAUGUGGAAACAUUUUGAUCGUGGAUUAUACAAAUUUUUAUUGCGAUACAUUUACAUUCCAUCGUUGGGCACAACAAAAGCGGCAACAAGAAAGUUGUUUGCCUCAUUUCUUUGUUUUUCAUUUGUUUUUCUUUGGCAUGGAAUGGAACUUUUUAUUUUUAUAUGGUCAUUCUUGAAUUUUUUUGGCUUAACAAUUGAAUAUUUUGCCACUGCAAUUGGUAAAACAGCGAAAUAUCGUGAAUUAAUAGGGAAAAAUUUAAGUGAAAAAAAUAUACGACGAUUGCAUUGUGUUUUUGCAAGUCCAUUGUUAGCAAUGUCAGCAAUUUCGAAUUUUUAUUUUUUUGCUGGUGCUGAUAUUGGUCAUCUUUAUUUUUAUCGACUAUUUUUUACAGAUUCCUGGACGACAGUUUUAUUGUUAUUAUUUAGUCUCUAUUGUUGUUGUCACGUUUCUUUGGACGUGAAACGAUUCGAGAGACUCAAAGAAACACGAACAAAAAAAUUGUGAGAAAGGAUUAAAAAAAAAGAACAAAAAAAGAUUUUAUAAGUAUUUUCGUAUUUUUAUAUGUAGUAAAAUAUUUAAAAAAGCAGAGAUCAAAAUAAAAAAAUAAUUUUUAUUUA